GAUAUAUUAUUGUAUUGAAUCUUUAGGGAAUGGUAAGUGAGUUUGAAGUUCCUAAAGAGGGGGAUCCAACAUUGGAUAAAUACCAAUUUCAUUGGUUGUAUGCAAAUGGAUUGCUAGGAAUUAUAUUCACUUUUUGCCUUCUCUAUACUUCUUUGAAAAGCAGAAGAGCAAGGUCAUGGUUAUAUGGAACAGGUUGGUUGAGAAGUUUCAUUGCAGACUAUGGAGUACCAUUCUUGGUAGUGGUGUGGACAGCUUUAUCAUUUACAGUAGUAGCAAGUAAAGUACCUUCUGGAGUUCCAAGAAGACUCGUUGCACCUUUGGCUUGGGAAUCUGCAUCAUUACAUCACUGGACAGUAAUCAAAGAUAUGGGGAAGGUUUCUCUGGAACAUAUUUUUGCUGCUUUUGUUCCAGCCUUAAUGGUAGCAGGGCUUUACUUCUUUGACCAUAGUGUUGCAUCCCAACUGGCGCAACAAAAGGAAUUCAAUCUCAAGAAAUCUUCGGCAUAUCACUAUGACAUAUUGUUACUAGGUUUCAUGACUUUGCUUUGUGGACUAAUUGGUUUGCCUCCUUCAAAUGGAGUUCUGCCUCAAUCCCCUAUGCACACCAAGAGUCUGGCUGUUCUCAAGAAACAGUUGAUCCGGAGAAAGAUGGUUAAAAGUGCCAAUGAAAGCAUAGGGAAGAAAGCUAGCAACUCUGAAAUAUAUGGAAUGAUGCAAGCAUUGUGUAUAGAAAUGGAUAAUGAUCCUAAUAAUCAUUCAGUGGUAAAAGAACUAGAGGAUUUGAAAGAUUUUGUCCUAAAUGGUGAAGAUAAAGGAGACAACAAUAAGAGCACAUUUGAUCCUGAGAAACACAUUGAUACAUAUUUGCCUGUAAGAGUAAAGGAGCAAAGAGUGAGCAACCUUUUACAAUCACUCUUUGUUGGAGUAGCAGUGUUUGCUAUGCCUGCCAUAAAAAUGAUACCAACUUCAGUUUUGUGGGGAUACUUUGCUUACAUGGCUAUUGAUAGUCUUCCAGGGAAUCAGUUUUGGGAAAGGAUAUUGCUUCUUUUUGUAAGACCUAGUAAAUGGUACAAGUAA